AUGUUCCCUGUCGCUCUUUCCUCUCGUCUCAUCGCCCUCGUCAUGGGCGCAGCCAUGGCUGCUGCUCAAGUCACUGAAGCUCCUGCCGCCCCUCCGGCCAUGGAGACCUUCCCCGCUACCCCUCACGCCUCGAAGACCUUCGCCUUCGAGGACCUUCCUUACAAGAUGAAUACCGACACCCACCUCAUCCGUGGUCCCCAACACGGUUUCACAUUUGCAACUCGACCACCGAGAACCAAGACUCUCUCUGCCAGACUGCUCACUUCAACAGCUUGGAUGGUAUACUUCUGCCUCUGGGGUCCCCCUGAGUACGGCCAGGAGGUCGGUGACAUUGAGGGUAUCAUGGUUGCCUACUGCACCAAGCCCGGCCACGGCACUCGUUUGAUUCCUGAGGGCGCCCUCACCGGUGUCCAAUGGAUCAGGACUCCUUCCUACGUCCAGGCCGUCGGUUUCCUCGACCAGACCAAGAUCAACGUUUUGGCUGGUGACUGGGGAGGAGAGAUGGACCCCCACGGUGCUGACCUCCGUGGUAACCCCAUGGGUGGUAUCGUCUACUCCAACGCCUGGACUGGCAGCCCCGAGCAAGUCAUCGAGUGGCACCUCUUCCUCGGUGGUGACCGCUUCUGCUUCAAGGCUUGCGACCCCCGAGACCAGGAUGACGACAAGUACUGCGAGCACAUCUUCGAUCGUAUCGGUUGUGACUACAACGUCCCCAACAAUGCCCAGGACGGUGUCUUCGAAGAGUGCGAGGGUGACAACCAGGACUUCCCCGGUACCUACACCGACGAGAACGGCCAGGUUCAGACUUACACUCAGCCCGAGGGUCCCAUCACCUCCAUCCCUUACACCGCUCGCACCCCCGCCUCAUCCAACUGUGUCACCCACUCCAGCGCUGAGCUCUACACUGGUCUCCCUCAACCCACCACCACCGACGCCACCUCUACUCCCACUGGCUCUGUCUCUGGCUCUGGCCGCAUCACCACAAGCCGCUCGACUGGCACCAACGGUGGCUCUGCUAGCCCCAGCCCUACCGGUGAUUCUGAUGAUUCUGAGGGUGGUGCUGCCUCCUUCGGUGUCUCCACCGCUGCCGUCUUCGGUGUCCUCCUUUCCGCUGUCUUCCUCGCCUAAAUAUCACGGACCACUUGAUGUUAUGACGAGUAUUUCACGAGGGAGUUCGGUUUGGAUAAUGAUACCACUGAGAUUAGUCUACGUACAUACCAUUCGCUUUUAGUCAGUUUAAUCUUGAUAUUUGCACGUUCACCCUGCUAUCUCUC